UUCUCGUGAAAAUCUUGCGGCAGUCGAAACUCAAAUUGUGAAAGUGGCGCGGAAGCAAUAAUAAUGGGAAGAACGUUGCCAACGCCCGUAGCGUGCAAAGUGUGCGGUGACCGUUCGUACGGAAAGCACUACGGCGUUUAUUGUUGCGACGGUUGUUCUUGCUUUUUCAAGAGAUCGGUCCGGCGCGGGGUGCUCUACACGUGCAUAGCCGGGACGGGUACGUGCUCUGUGGACAAGGCUCGAAGGAAUUGGUGUCCUCAUUGCCGUCUGAAAAAAUGUUUCGCGGUUCGGAUGAACACCGCGGCAGUGCAAGAGGAGCGUGGUCCACGAAACUUGAAAAGCUCCAUGAGAGCGACAGCGUCUCCGUCUUCGAACAUACCCUGGUACCGAUCGAGCCACGAAACCUCUGGAAGUGCUUUCGAGAAAUUUGACACUGCCAAAAUGGAGAUGAAAUCAGCACCGAAAAUGCAGUCUAGCAAUGCAAAUGGGUGGCCCAAAUCUUGCCAGGAAGUUGGUGCUUCUUCGGGUGGAAUUAACGCUUCGUUUUUUCCAAGUUCUUUCGUGCCGAGAAUAGUCUCACCAGGUGAGGUAAUCCAGUACGAGGUAUCAGCCCAGAUAUUUUUAUCGGCGAUUCGAGGAGCUCGAAGAAACCUCGAUUUUUCGAGUCUCGAAGUAACCGAACAGAACUCCAUUCUUCGACUUGGUUGGACUGCGAUUUUCAUCCUUCGAGCUUCGACCUGGCCAGUCGAUCUCGUCGAUCUGCAAAUGAGAAAUUCCUCCGUCAGCGAUAGAAACAUUUUCAAAUAUCUCGCUACUGCUCGUGCCAUUGUUUCGAGGCUUCGACCGAACGAGAUAGAAAUUACUGCUGUUGAAACAUUCGCACUUUGUCGACCGGAAUUGACCGAAACGAUAAGCGGACUCCGAUUGAUGACAAUAGCGAGGGACAACGCUGUCGAGAGGCUCGUGCGACAUCUUCGUGACGAGGGUGACCAGGGCCAUCGCCUCGCUCAAAUAAUGUUCAUUUUACCAGUCCUAACGACUUGUUGUCCUCGGGAGUUGUCGAACGCACUUUUCGCCCCGAUAAUAGGGGACGCAGCCCUCGACCGUGUGAUUGCAUCAAUACUAUAA